GCGCCAUGGAGGAGCGGGACGGCCGCGCCGGCGGCUUCAGGAAGGAGACGGUGGAGCGGCUGCUCCGCCUCCACUUCCGCGACGGGCGGACCCGAGUGAGCGGCGAGGCGCUGCUGCUGGCGGCGGAGCUGCUCAACGUCUUCGUGCGCGAGGCGGCGGCGCGAGCGGCGCGGCAGGCGCAGGGCGAGGAGCUGGACACCGUGGACGUCGAGCACGUGGAGAAGGUGCUGCCGCAGCUGCUUCUGGACUUCUAGAGACGCAGCUGUGACUGCCGACUGCAAGCAGAGGACACCGCACUGACUGCAGCCAGCUGGAGUGCUAUCCUCAGCGCUUAGCCAGAGGAAGGGCAGCAUCACUUUCUUCUUUCUCUGACACGCUGUCUCUCUAUCCUCUUUCCUCGAACAAGCGUAACAAAAUCCUGGGCAACUACCAUGGCAGAUGCUGAUUUUGAGAGAUAGCAACCGCAUUUAUUGUGGUAGCCACCACAUUUAUUUUGGCAGCCACUAUGCAACAGGUUUCCACCUUGCUGCCUCAUUCCUGCAAGAGUAGCUUGCACACCACAGCACAGGUAGGGUGCUGUUGCUUUCUUGGCUUAUGUGAGAAACAGGUGCUGCUUUGCUGACUUAAUGGCUGAAAAUGUCACUGAAGGCUCUCGGCACCUCAGCAGGCAGCUAGGGUAGAAACUUUGGGUCUAGUUCCAAGCCUGUCUAAUGAAGGGCUUGGUAACAGCCUUUUGGCUGUUGCCAAAAGCAGGUAUCUGAUCUUUAUUUUAUAAAUAAACAGUGUCUGUUUCU